CGUGCGCAUGCGCACAUUUAUACACACAUGUAUGAGCCUCUGUUUACGGUUCACUUUACGGCGUGCAUAGGUGCAUUGCACUUUCUCUACUUUUGCGUGUUGUAUCGUAUUAUGAUACUGUGAAAUUUGACAACCAGCUGAUUCAAAUCGAUUAAAAAAGACUGAUGGAGGAACCAGUGCGAAAACAAGCUCGAAAGGAGAAACCUGAAGCGGCCGGAAGCGCUAGCGUAACGCAAAGCGAUGGAAAUACAUUAGAUUCGAGUUCCUAUCUAACCUACGACAUUUUGAGAAUUAUUUUUCAAUAUUUAUCUGCCAAGGACCUAGCGAACGCCGCGAUAGUUUGCAGGUCCUGGUUAGAAGCAGCAAAUAAAGAAAAACGGACAAGAGGUCCUUGUUGCUUUAUGCAAGCUUAUAAAACUGAAGAUUAUUUAAGUAAUAUCAACAAUAUAAGAGUUAAACCAUCGCUGGGUUUGUUUUUCAUUCCUAAUGAUUUACCAGCCGAUAUAGAAGAACGUAUUGAGGCUUUACUACCAGAUGAUUGUAAGGCUGUAAUGUUAUAUGGUAAAGGUAUCAUUAUGGAUAAUAAUGAGAUGGAAUAUCAUUCACUCUCUAGUAUGGCAUGUGCAUUCUUACCACAAAUUCCAAAUGUACAAGUAAAAUUGUUUAAACUGACAGAAUGCGAAUUUUGUAUUAUACGGAGAUCAAUUGAAUAUGAACAAAUUAUUAGCACAAUUGAUAAUGAUGAAAUAUCUUCAAAUCAGAUGUCUACUUGUUGUAUGUUAUUUUGUAAUAAUGCAGGUCAUACCAUAGCAACACGUUGGUCCUCAGUCAUACAAAAAAGCAAAAGAAAUAAAGUAACUUCUGUAUGGGGUGGUGUGUUGAAAGAUAUUCACGUAAAAUGUCCUAAUAAUUUGUGCAAAACAUCAAAGUACCAAGUACUUCAUAGAAUGGAUGCACCACAUUGUUUUGCUGUCCUAAUCACUGGUUCUAUACAGACAUGGUCUAUGAUUUUGGAUAAGAAAUGCAAAACAAAAGAACAAGCCGAAGAGAGAUUAAAGUUAUUUAAAAAUAAAGUUAAAUUAAAGAAACAUUCUAUAGGAUUUAUGUUUGUGUGUAAUGCUCGCGGAAGUAAUCUGUAUGAUGAAAAUCAUAUAGAGUCAACAAUAUUCAAAAAAUUAUUUCCUAAAGUACCUUUAGCCGGUUGCUUUGGUUAUGGCGAAUUUGGAAAAAAUACCUUUGAUGAGACAAACGAAGAAAAAAACAGUGAAGAGGGACAGAGACCUAAGAGAUCGAAGUCUUGGUAUAACGAAUUCUCUAGUGUGUUUUUGAUACUUACAUAUGAUUGACGAUUUAAAAGAGAUGGAAUAUUAUUUACUCUCUAGUAUGACGUGUGCAUUCUUACCAUGAAUUCUGAAUAUAAGAGUAAAAUUGUUUAAACUGAAUGCGAAUAUUGUAUUAUACGGAGGACAACUAAAUAUCAAGAGAAUUACCAUAAUUGAUAAUCACGUAAUACACGAUCCAGGGCUGUCGUGUGGCUCUGUACGUAGAACAUCAGAUCGCGAGUUCGAUUCCAAGGAGCCCGCAUAUAUGAAUUAAAAAUUCUUAUAUGCGAGCUGCCUGGGAUCGAACUCGCGACAUGAUACUUUUAUGAGUCCUUGGCAUAUACAAAUUUUUAAUGUGUAUGAAAAAGUACCUAUAGUUUUAAGUCUUAUUAUAUCUUCAUCAUUCUUUUUUUUUAAAUCUAAAAGCAGUUACGCUCCGACAUUCACAGAACAAAAACAGUAUAACGAACGCCAUAGCAAUAAAUUCAAACACAAAGAUUGUACUAUAUUCUUAGAUGUAAUUUGUGAAAAUGCAUUUUGUACGAGUCUUAAAA